AUGACACCGAAAGGAUUACCACAUUUUGCUGCCGGGACGAUUAUCAAGGGUUUCGGGCGUGGUUCGAAACAACUCGGCAUUCCAACGGCCAACUUCUCCGAGGAGGUUGUCAAUAAGUUACCGGAAUCUAUCUCUACUGGUAUUUACUUUGGUUGGGCUAAAAUACUAGGAAACAUUCACAAAAUGGUCAUCAGUAUCGGCUGGAAUCCUUAUUAUAAAAACGAGCGUAAAUCUAUGGAAACACAUAUCAUGCACAAAUUCGACGGCAAUUUAUAUGACAACGAAUUGAAGAUUGGUAUUGUCGGAUAUUUGCGUCCAGAGAAAAACUUUGAAACUCUAGAGGCGCUUAUCGCCGCCAUUAAUGAGGAUAUAGCCAACGCGGAUAAAUUAUUAGAUGAAGAACAAUAUGCCAAGUAUAAAAAUGAUGCAUUUUUUAAAUAA